AUGUCUGAAGAUAUCUACGCAGAAACACCCAUAACUGGCCCGUUUUCUUCUCCCUUGCAUCUGGAUGGUAUGCCCCUUGCUGAGGAAGGGGACCCAAAUGAGACCGCUGAAAAGGCCAAAAGAGAUCGAAAAGUUGGCUCUGCAGUUCAAUUCAUCAAUUUUCCACAGGACAUCCCUGAAGAAGCUCAUACAAAGUUGGUCGAAUAUGAGAAAGCCGUUUCGAACUAUCGCAGCUGGGCGUGCCUCAGAUGGUGGAAUACCACUUAUGCUACUGAUAGUGUGCCUCAAGAUGAAUCUGCAGAAUCAGCUGCGAAGCGGAUGAGCUACUGUGCUCAAGUGGCUGGAUAUGAUGUGCAGAAUACUCCCUGGUUGACAAUUUUCGACUGUGAAACUAAGAGCAAGACUAUCACGUUUACAAUCGAUACUUUCGCCACCGUUUUCUUUGAUGUUAUCGUAGAGGGUUUAGCUUGUUUGCCAGCCAAUUCAGACGACCUGCUCGAGAAAGUCUUUAAAGGCAUCAAUACCGCUAUGGAGACCAGACUGAACGACAAACCCAGUGUCCAACAAUGCAUUAUCUCGCAGCGUUACGGAUACCAUCCAGACCAAAAAUCAAUUUGGUCAAUCGUUCGUAUCUCUACGUUCGAAAUCUAUAUCGAUGAACUAACGUCCCUUGCUUUCGAAGAAAAAAAUUCUUCGGUCACUAUCGAGACGACCGUUGAAUACAACGAGUACCAAGCCGAAUUCAAGAUGGAUGAUUGGAUUACGGCUUCUAAUUCGAUUGAAGAAUGGAAGCAGAAGACCAUGGAGGAAUUUGUUGGGGAUGCCACUGUUGAGGUUCCCACUGUUGGGAUUUCUUUCUGA